GUCGCGUUUUGCAUCGUGAAGAAGCUGGGAAGCAGAUCAUGUGUUGCUUGUGAGAUACCUAGAUGAAUGUGAAUUACGACACGUUCUCGCAUCCUUCUCGCGACUACCUGAAGAGCACAUCCUGUGACCGUAAGAUGAUAUGUGCGAUCUCCUCGUAACACGCAUUUCUUUUCCACAUAAAUUUGCUGGCUAUGGUGACCAAAGACAACCCCUCGAUUGGCCCGCCCACGGAUGACCUCACGAUAACACGCGGAAACGCGCCAACACUCGAAGCGCGUCAAAGUGUCGCCACGCACACAACAGACCCGCCGCGGCCAGAUCAUGGCAUCAUGGCUGCACCGUCCACACGGCUGACGACUCGCACGAGCGAGUAUGGCUCAGAUAUCGACGUCCAGUCCAUCACGACGCUGAGCGACUACGGCUCGGACAUUGACAUUGACAUUGACGACGACGACACCAUACUUGCCGACGCGUUUGACACGAUAACAGACGCUGCGCAAACCCAGAAGAGCGCAGUCCUCCCCAGCAUAGAAUUCGAAGAGGGCGAACUCGAAGACGAAGAGCAGGAUGUGGACGGCUUCGUGCAGAUACAUAGACCCACGGUCCUGCGCGUCGCAAAGAGCAAGGCCAGUGUGGACGCGGAUGCACAGAGGGAUAUACAGAGCUCGCCCAUGCGAGAGCGCAAGGCGCUGGAAGUCGAGUACGACGAAAGAUCGCGACGGGCGUGGAGUGUUCCUCACGAACAAUCAGCCUCUCCCCCCAAACCCUCGCAAUUCCGACCUGAUCGCAGCAUAUCGCAGUCUACGCGCGCCGCCUCUACCACGCAGGCUGUACAGGCUGCCGAAACCGACAACCGGCCGCCCAUCGAGCGUUUCCGAACGAAGCCCAAGAAGUGUCUUUCGGUGACCGAUCUCGUCUCACCAGCAUGGUGCGAACUGCAGUACUUUUACACUCUGAGCAAGUUUGGGCGCAAACCACGAACACAGGCGAUGAGAACCGGUAGCAAGAUCCACCAAACGCUGGAAGACCAGGUACACACAACAGUGCCAGUGCAGGUGGAAAGCAAAGAAGACCGAUUUGGCCUACGCAUGUGGAACGCUAUAUCCGGCCUGCGUUGUCUUCGUGAGACUGGCCUAACGCGUGAGCUGGAAGUCUGGGGUGUCCUCGAAGGCCAAGUCAUCAACGGCGUCAUCGACGAGAUCUCAUACGAAUGCCCUGAUACAGAAUUCGAAGAGGAGCUCGAGCGGACCCGAGCCGAGAAGAACGGCGGCAUUGUCCCCCUACCGCCAGGUCAACUCAGCAUCACAGACGCCUUUGCAAAAGCCAGCAACCCGCCCUCCUCCAGUCCAUUAGUCUCCACACCAGUCUCCGACCGCCAAAUCUACAUCGCGGACGUAAAAACUAGAUCCGCAAAAUCCCUCCCCACUGGCGCUUCCCUCCGCCCUACAUGGAUGCAACUAAUGCUCUACCGCAAACUCCUGGAAUCCCUCUCCCUCAACACUGUCGACGCCGAAACCGUCUUCGCGCGCUACUCCCUCGACCCCCUCACCCCCUUCACCCCCCUCUUCCUCACCGAAAUCAGUAACAUCGGCCCCGAAAACGCCGUAUCCUCUUACCCCAACCUGCUUGCCCUCUGGUCCUUGCUCGUCACGGAAAUGCAAGCCACAUUCCCUCCUUCCAGCCUCUCCCCCAUCCUCCGCGCGGAGUUUAGGUAUGCGAAGACGGGGAAUGUGUUGGGCAGCCAGCUUACGGUGUAUGAAGCGAGUGUUGUUGAUGGGUAUGUGGAGAGUGAGAUGGCGUGGUGGAAGGGCAGGAGGGAAGCGAAGGGCGUGGAGAUUGAAGAGGCGUUUAAGUGUCGGAUUUGUGAUUUUUCAGAGGAGUGCAGUUGGCGGAAGACGAAGGUUGAGGAGGCGGUGGAGAAGAGUCGGUUGAGGAGGGAGGCUAAGGAGAGGGGGAAGAGUGCUGUAUAGGGUGAUGGUGGAGGAGGUCGUUGCUGUUGUGAUGAAUCAGUAUUGCUUAGAUUUGUGCGAACUAUCACCCCACCCGAGGAAGAAUCUGGACAUGUGUUCUGCAGACUACGUUAUUGAUAUGAAAUCGAAACUCAGCAGAACUUUAACGCAACGUAGGCUUCUAGUUUGUGUUCACUCCUAUUAUCCCUUGUACGUGGGGCGUCCAUUCUUCCUUUGAACGGGUUGCUAUGAUCAAUUUAUUGUAUACCGCUGUUUGUCAUCAUGUACUAACGCACUACCAUCUAUAUCUUCUAUUCUUA